AUGAAUUUGACAUUAAAAGAUGUAAUUCAGUCUUCUGCCAGCGGUGACGAGUUCUUGAAACUCCCAGAAAUCUACAUCAGAGGCAUCCAUAUCAAAUAUAUGAGAAUGCCAGAUGAAAUCAUGGACCAUGCCAAGGAACAGAAUCUCAUCAAUAUGGAACAACGUAACAGAACCCAAAAGAGAAGAGGCGGUGGCCCCAACUUCAAUUCAAAUAGAAGAGGCCACGGACCCAACCGAAACGGCGGAUACAACAACCAGCACAAUCGUCGCCACAAUAACCAACAGCAGCAUUCUACAUCCAACGGGGGGAAAUUAUAG